AUGAGCACCUGGAUGAAGCUGAUGAAGCUGGAAGAGGAUAGUGAAGACCCCGUUCAAGGAAACUCUCUCAUGUAUGACCUUUUAUGGCAAAUCCGGGAAAGGUUCCACAAAGGAAAUGAGGUAAUGAGAGCUAGAUGCAAAGCAAUGAGGAGACCACAGGAUGUACAAUCCUUAUCAGACAGCAGCUCAGCAGGAUGCUCAGGAAACAUCUUGGAGAAUAUUCUCAAAGAUAUUGAUGUGGAAACCACCAAUGUAACACGGAAAGUUAUAGGCUUGAAGAUGCAAGAAGAAAUAUACAUGACUUUGAAUGUACAAUCAAAACGGAAUUCUGUCCAAGCAUCCCAACUUAAAUUUAAAGAUUGUUCUACGAUGCUGCACUGGUACAAAAUUUUACUGAGAAUAUCUGGAAUAAUAAAUAUCAUUAUGAUUUUGACUUUGGUCUCUCUGACUCUGUUGGUUUCUCAGGGAGUAUUGGUAAAAUGCCGAAGAACAGAUAUAAAUAUCACCCAGGAUAAUGAUGUUGGAAACCUGAGUGUAAAUAAUGGUAUGAGAAGAAACAUGGACACAUGCCAGUGCAUUUCAGAAGCUACAAAGCACACAGGACUGUGUCCAUCAGAAUGGUUCAACUAUAAAGAGAAAUGUUAUUGGUCUUCCAGUGAGAAAAAAAGUUUUACUGAUAGUUACAAGUAUUGUUUGGAAAGAAAAUCUCAUUUACUAAUUUUACAGGACCAACUUGAGGUGAAUUUUUUACAGAAAUACCUAAAACAAUCAAACUAUGUGUGGAUUGGACUUAACUUUACCACCCAGAAGGGAACAUGGACCUGGGUAGAUGGUUCUCAAUUAGAUGAAAAGAUAUUCCCUGUAAAAGGACCAGCUCAAGAAAACAGCUGUGUUGUUAUCAAGGAAAACAAAAUGUACUCUGAAACUUGCAGUGGCGUUUUCAAAUGGAUUUGCCAAUAUUAGAAUAAAAGCAAUAGUGACCAUUUGCUGAUAAAA